AAAACAGUGAGUAAUGGGACUUCAACAAUAGCAGUUACGCCGAGACAAAAAAUUAUAUCGCGUUUCCAUUUUGUUCGGUGCGAUUGUUCGGUCGUUCGUCGGCAGUGAUUGAGAUUCGGUGGUACUAAAAGAUUUCGUUGAUCGAUUGAGAUCAUGCUUACCGAUAUGACGCCCACCGCUGGGCAACUGUACGGCGCCCAAAUACCCGCAAUGACUAUGAACGUCAAAUCAGCUGAUCACCCUAGCCUGCGAGGAACGCCGCUAGCCAUGCUCGCGGCCCAGUGCAAUAAACUAUCGAGCAAAUCGCCGCCCCCGCUGGCCGACGCGGCCGUCGGCAAAGGCUUCCACCCGUGGAAGAAGAGCCCCCAAGGAGCCCCGUCGCCCGGCGGCGGUACGGGAGUAUCCUCAAGCAGCUCGAUGCCGCCGCAGCGAUCGUCCGCCUCCAACACCACCUACGCCAGAUCGGUGAUGACGUCGUGCGCCAGCGUCCCGACCACCGCCUCGUACGGCAGCGAUUUGUACUUUCCCGGCGCGACCACCCAGCCGGCGGUGGCCGACAAUUCGCACGUCCACCACCACCAGAGCUCGAUCCUGGGCAAGGUGGAGGGCGCCGCGACGCACCACGCCGCCUUGGGCUCGGUGUACUCCCGACACCCGUACGAGACGUGGCCGUUCAACACGAUGUCCGGCGCGACGCACCACGGCGCCAUCAAAAGCGAUUCGGUGACGUCGGCGAACGCCUGGUGGGACGUCCAUUCGACGGCGGGCAGCUGGCUGGACAUGAGCGGCGCCGCCGGCAUGCACGCCCAAAUGGCCGCCGCCAAUUACUCGACGGAUUACUCUAGUUUAACGCACUCGUUAGCCGCCUCCAAUCACCUACUAUCUUCUGGUCAACAUUUACUGCAGGACACUUACAAAUCGAUGUUGCCCGGCGCUCAGACUUCGUUCGGUUUACAUCCGGCCGGUUCGGCGCCGUCGCCUACCGGCGGUAGCGGCGGGCUGCCGCCUCAAGUACCGUCGCCGAGAUCGCAGCGGAGGUAUACCGGCAGGGCGACGUGCGAUUGCCCCAAUUGCCAGGAAGCCGAGCGUCUGGGUCCGGCCGGCGUCCAUUUACGAAAGAAGAACAUACACAGUUGUCACAUACCGGGCUGCGGGAAAGUCUACGGCAAAACGUCGCAUUUGAAGGCGCAUCUGCGAUGGCACACGGGCGAGAGGCCCUUCGUUUGCAACUGGCUGUUCUGCGGCAAGCGCUUCACCAGGUCCGACGAGCUCCAAAGGCACCUGCGGACGCACACCGGCGAGAAGCGGUUCGCCUGUCCCAUUUGCAAUAAGCGCUUCAUGCGGUCCGAUCACUUGGCCAAGCACGUCAAAACCCACAACGGCAACGGCAAGAAGGGCAGUUCGGACAGUUGUAGUGACUCCGAGGAGAACAGUCAAAGCGAUUUAACUAAUAACGUGAAUUCGCCGGCGUCGAUGAACCAAACGCCGCCGCCGACGUCCAACAUGGGCCUCGACAUGGUGACGGGACUCGACGUCAAGCCGCCCGGACUGGUUUGAGGCCGGUGGGGCCCUGCGCUGUUGUAUCCCAGCUAUCCCCGCUAGCGUGCGGCCCUUUCCUUUCUGUCCCCCCAAAAAGUGAUACUUAUUGUUAAAAGUGUUUUUUGUUGUACAUAGCGAAUUAUGUGAAUGGAUGGAUGUUAUAAUUUAGUAACGAAGACCAACAUUUGUGUACCUAAAGCUCGCUAAAGCCUCGUUUAGAUUGCGGGAAACCAAUUCGCACAGUGUAAACGCUGCCUAAUAGUAAGGUUGAACUAAUUUAGAUUGUGCGAAAUAACUUCGUGCGGUGUAAACGUUGGUAAAAUGAAUUAAAUGACUUACUUAAAACGUGCAGAUGUAUACAGUGUGUCCCAAUAUUGCUAGAAUUGUAAUUUAUACUAAGUAUAAAAUUGAUUGGGAGAUUCUGUAUACGUUGUGACAGUAUGUGGAAAAAUGAUAUAUUGUUGCCAUUCUAAGCGUACUAAUUUAUUUGGAAAAAAACCCCAUUCCUACUGCACAAGUGUUAUUUACAUCUUUGUUACUAUUUUUCUUAUUAACAUAUGCUUAUUUUAUUGUAUAUAUUAUAUAUAAUAUAAAAUUAUGUGUAAGUUAUCGGUGAACGAGAAACGUGUUUUACGGUUGUUGUCCAACAUAUCAAACUUAUCUUUUUUUUUACAACUAAAAUUGUUCUUAACUUAUUUUCUAAAACCAACGCAAGAAUAAUUUUCAGUUCGAUAUCAUUUUCCUAUUUAUUGAUUUGCGAGAUGUUUCUCUUUGCCAAAGAGUCUGUAUUUUCUUGUAAAUUGUACCUAUAUCUGUAAAUUAUUGUCUAAGAGCUUUUGUGAACACGUUGAGUAUAAAAAAAUAAUAAUUUUAAAUCCAA